AUGGCACCCUUACAGCCAGAGAGUCUCUUUUGCAAGCUGGAUACAGCACCAGCAGAUGAAGUCUUCGCUCUGAUGGGCGAUUUCGCCGCUGACACUCAUCCGGACAAAGUCAGCUUGGGCGCUGGUGUGUACCGAGACAACGAGGCAAAGAGUUGGAGGCUACCGGCAGUCAAGAAGGCUGAGCAAUUACUCCUCGAUGACCCAACUUUCGAUCAUGAAUACCUGCCCAUCCCAGGAUAUGCACCCUUCUACAAUAUGGCCAGAGAUCUCGUCUUCGGAACGGGCGAGUCGAGCGUCCCAAAAGAACGGAUUGCCAGUCUUCAAACCAUCUCAGGAACCGGAGCAAACCACAUUGGAGCCCGUUUUCUAGCAGACCACCUCCCAAAGCUAUCCAACCCCAAUGCAAAGCGCACCAUCUGGAUCUCAGACCCAACGUGGGCCAAUCACCAUUUGAUCUGGAAUCUCGUUUCGAGCGGAACCUCCGGCAGUCCCAUCCAGGUGAAGACGUACCCUUACUACCACGAGCCCACACGAUCACUUAACUUCGAGGGAAUGAUGAAGGAGCUCGAAGGCCAUGCUGUUGCCGGUGACGUCGUCCUUCUCCACGCCUGCGCUCACAACCCUACCGGAAUUGACCCGACCCGUGCUCAGUGGCUACGGAUCGCCGACCUGUGCGAGAGCAGAAGUUUAUUCCCAUUCUUCGACUCGGCCUACCAAGGUUUUGCUUCCGGAGAUCUCGACAACGAUGCCUGGCCAAUCCGCGAAUUUGCCAAGCGUGGCAUGGAACUCUGCGUUGCCCAGAGCUUCAGCAAGAACCUGGGUCUCUACGGCCAGCGAACGGGCGCUUUCCACCUUGUCUGCCGCAAUGCAGAGACAACCAUCCGCGCCAGAUCUCAGGUUGUUGAGCUUCAGCGUGGCGAGAUCUCUACGCCACCAUCGUACGGACCACGACUUGCCGCAAAGAUCUUGAGCGACCCGGCUCUCGUCGAGAUGUGGAAGGAAGAUCUCAUCACCAUGAGCAGCAGAAUCAAGUCUAUGCGUCGUGCUCUGUACGAUGAGCUGCAGAGACUCCAGACCCCGGGAACAUGGGAACACAUCAUCAACCAGAUUGGCAUGUUCUCGUACACCGGCCUUACCAAGGAACAGGUCCGCCUCCUUCGUGAAUACCACAUCUACCUGCUUGACUCUGGUCGUAUUUCCAUCGCAGGGCUGAACACCAGCAAUCUGAAGUACGUCGCAGAGGCCAUGGACGCCGUAGUCCGCAAGACUACCAAAACCUCCAAUGGCUCCAAUGGCUCCAACGGUCACUAA